AUGAGUACAUAUGAACCAGAUAAAUAUCUACCUACCAUAGAUGCAAUCCUUGGGGUAGCUGAUCUUGAACAAGUUAGUGUUAAAAAAAUGAGAAGAGCAGUACUGGAAUUGUUUGCUAUUGAUUUGAAUCCAUAUAAGAAAGAAAUAAAUCAAUUAAUAAUGGAUAGAUUUUAUCUACUUCAAGAGAAAAGAGCUAAACAAGAAAAAGAUGAAAUGGAAAGGAAGGAUGCAUUAUUAGCUGCAAAAUUAGCAAGGGAAGAUUCAAAACCAAUUAGAAAAAGUCGAACCACAACCACUAAAAAAUCUACAACAAAAGAAAAAUCAAAACAAGGAUCAUCUUCACCAAAUCAUAUUUUUAAUAGAGAAAUGUAUUUAAGUCGUGAAUUAGCAGAUGUAUUAGGUGUAGAUGCAUGUUCAAGGCCUCAAGUUGUUAAAAAAUUAUGGGCUUAUAUUAAAGAUAAUGAAUUACAAGAUCCUUCAGAUAAGAGACAAAUUAUAUGUAAUAGAAAGCUUCAAAAUUUAUUCAAAAGAAAGUCUGUUGGUGCUUUUGAGAUGAAUAAAAUUUUAAGUCGUCAUAUUUACAAGCCAGAAGAAGUUGAAUCUGGCGGCUCAAGUAGACCGACGCCUCAAAAGUCUUUGGUUAAGAAUGAAGAUACUAGUGAUGCCCUAGCCGCUGAAAUUGAAGAUAAUUUGGAGAAAGACGUUUCUCAAUUGGAGGCGGAAAUGAGUUCUGAAGAAGAUUAG